AUGACAAUGAUUGCAAGUAGCUCUCGGUCAGAAUCAGCGGUCGUAGUUCUCGAUUCGUCGGAUGAUUCAGAGUUUUCGGAUGGCAGUAUUGUCGAGGUCAUGGAUCUCCAGUACAGCGCGUCGUAUCCCCAGCGGAAACGCUCCAACGAGGCUGUGGUGCUUCCGAUUUCGGCAGUUUUGGAUUUGGGCAACCCAGCAGCCUCGCGAUCAGAGUCGGUGUCCCUGGACGAGCAGCAAACGCCCGAGCGCUUGUCGUACUUGCACAUAUUUGACCGAAUUCUAGAAACGGUGCUAAGAGGAGAAUCGCAUCUGUUCUCUGAAGACGAGAAGAAAACACUGGCAUCAUUCAGCAGCCUCGACCAGCACUCACGCUACCUCUAUACGCGCCUCUACAUGCGCAAGCAGUCGUGGAUCCGCGUGUCCAGUCUAAAAUACGGCGACAAGAUGAUUGUUGAGCAGUCUUGCAAGCUCUUGUGCAGACGCAGCAGCAACAACACAGAGCCGCUGCUGCUGGCAGAGACAGAGAUAGAAGACUGCAACGACGCGCUGCACUUGCUCACGAGCCCAGAGCUCAAGGUUUUUGCAAAGAAAAAGGGGGUGAAGCAGAUUGCAAACAAGACAAAAGACUUCAUCUGUGAGAUGAUCACAAAGAGUGCAAAGCAGCGCACAAGGCUGAACGGGUUGAUCCAAGAGGUCUCCAAAAUAACGGGGCCUAUGGUGCACCUGAACCCAGCCAUAGUCGAUUUGUUUGCGCGGCUGCAUAUGGUCUUCUUCCGCUCGCUGGCGCCCAUGGGCGUCGACAACGCGAUAAAGCUUGCUAUACUGGCUGUUAUCGGCCAAAUCAAGUUCCCACAGUACACAGUGGCGCGGUCUGUGGAUCUGUUUGUGUCCAGGAACGACGUGAUCCUUUUCAAAACGCUGAUGGAGGUCGGUUUCAAAAUGGCAGAGCUGGGCCAGUUUUCGGUCAAGGAUGUCGACAGGCACACGGAAGGGUGGUCGCUGUAUCUGGAUCACAGCGAGAUGUGGGCCAAGCACAUUGAAUUGCUGCGCAAGAACGCAUGCAAAAAUAUAACACCGCUGCCCAGCCGCGUGGGUGUUGAGUACUGGAGGCGGCACUUUAUCCCAGGAUAUGCGCUGGCGCGGAUCGUCGAGGGUGGAGCCAAGUUUGCAGCCAACCUCAAACGGUUCGAUGAAGAGGAGCGCAUUUUGCAAUCGCUCCUGUCACAGACCGCUUACCUUUUGAACCGGCGCGGCGACUGGUAUGGGCGGCUGAUCCUGCUGUACACCAAACACCUGCGGCCGCGCCAAGUCAAGGGGGACAAGGAGAUCGAAAGGCACAUCGGGCAGUUGAUGCAGCGCGCUCGUGACACAUGCAUUAGGGCGCUGCGCGACGAUCAUGUGCAUAGGGUGUCUUUGCGUGCGCUGACAAGGCAGCUUCGGAGCAUUGAGGCUAAGCUGGAUGUCAGCAUCGAAAACCAAUACGAGCAUCCGCGGGCGCAGCUCGAGUGGCGGGAGGCUCCAGAGCGCAUAUUCUUUGGCGUGCGCAUACUGUGUCCCAACAGGCACGGGCCGAGCAUGUGGGACGGUAACGACGAUAUACCGUGCUCCGUUGAGCAGCUUGCGCUGUGGCGGUACAGAGAUCAGGGCUACGUUGGACUGCACUCGGAGAACGCCAUUGUGAGAACCUUGUUCUGCUUGCUUUUCUGGGAUAUCAUCCUGCACGCAAUGCCUGGCGUGCUGGAUACAGAGUACCAGUCACAGCCGCUGGACAUGAACUCUGAGUCAUUUUACUACAGCCGCCAGGGGCUGAUUGACCAGCGGCUGCAGGACAUAUCCGGCGGUGAUUUUGAGUCACACAUCAGGCGGAGUUACGCCAUCGGAUACGGGACUACAUGCGCGGGUGUGUCGUGGGACUUUACUUUGGAGCACGUGAUGGCAAAGGAGUACCGCAUUAAGAGCAGCGGGUUCCCAGACUUGUGCAUGUGGAACCCAGUUACUAAAAAGAUAAUGUUUGCCGAGGUCAAGGGCCCCAAGGACAAGCUGUCUGAAACACAGCGCGACUGGAUAGACAUACUCCUCAGCAACGACAUUGCAGUCGAGGUCUGUCUGGUUCGCGAAGGCGACUCUCGGGAUCACGAGCAAGAAUGA